AUGGCUAUGACCAGUGCUGUGGCUUUGCCUUUUGUCCCCCACCCCCUUAUCCAACAUGGUGGAGAUAAAGAAGCAACUCUUGAAAAGCCUAGAGGCAGUUUUUUGAUUCCUACGGUUCCACGCCGGGAUUCCAAAUCACUUUCUACACAUUUUUCGAAACGGACAUCCAUUGUUCCUAAAAUUACUGAUGCUGACCUUACAUGUGGGAACCUGUUCGUUGGCAUGGAUCGUUUUGACUCGGAUGAUCGUUUUGACUCGGAUGACAGCAUUUUAGAUAGAGUCAAUGUUGGAUCUCUGGAAAAUGAAGAGAAGAACCAACAGUUCUUUGCACCUGCAAAAGGAUCAAAGGCUUAUGAAUAUUUUCAGAAGGUUGUUAAUGCAGCUCAGACCUGGUUCAGUCUCUUUGGCUGGCCUGAAGGGCCCCAUUCUCUUUCUAUUCCUGAGACAAUAAGAAGGGAUGUGCAGAAAAUACAAUUCUAUUCAUCAUCCUCACCACCCAAGAAAUUUUCCAGACAGUAUGAUUUUUCCAAAUAUAAUAAGACAAUUUAUGAUGUGCUACUUAACUUGAGUGGAAGACUGCCACCUGGAAUUAACUCAAACCAGUCCUUACCUGUGGACAACAUUGAAAGGGUGAUCCAGCUCCAUUCGCAACAUGCCUCACUUCUAGACUUUAUCACUGCUCAAGGUGGAUGCAUUUCUCAUGUACUUCCAGAAUUUUUACUUGGACCAGAGGAUUAUAAGAAGUGGCUUGAAAUUACAACCUCCACUAAAAAUACAGCUCUCUGUACACUUAAGGAAAAGUAUUCAGUUAAAAUAGAUAUGGACAAUUUUGAAGCCUGGAGUACACGGGCAUGGACAGAUGUAUUUCUUCAGAUAUACAAGGUUAUGAUUCUAUCUCGAGUGACACCACAUUCCUACAGUUCUGUUCCACCCAUACGUGGGGCGAGCACUUCAAAAAUCAACCCCUGUUUUGCAUCCAGCAACAUAUAUUCUAAUGCUGAAAGGAUUCUACUUAGUUGGUUGAAUACAAAUUAUGAGAGUCAUCGACAUGUUAUAUGGAAAACCAACAAAUCCGAAAGUAUUCCUCCUGAGAGAUGGAUAGUGAAUUUUGACACAGAUCUUCUUGAUGGCCUUGUUUUUGCUACACAGCUGGCAGCAUAUUGCCCAUUUUUGAUUGAGUCUCAUUUUAUAAGUAUGUACACACGACCAAGACGUCCUGAACAGUAUUUGCACAAUUGCUUGAUUAUUAUAAAUAGUCUCCGUGAAAUUGGCUUUGAUUUGAACUUACAGGAUAUGUUAGACUUAUCUCAGAAAAUUGAUGAGUAUAAGGUUAUUUAA